GGAAAGAAGGAAAAACAGUACUAUCGAGGCUUUGCUUGAAAAGUCCGGCCCGGGAAAAAGCGGGAGACGGAGGGAAGAUGCCGAAACAACCACAAAGUAUUGAUUAAUACAAUCGUCGUGCUGUUCGAAUCCUGGCCAGAAACAAUAUUUGACUUCUCGGAUUACUAAAUUGUUAUUUAAGAAGAUGAGAAUCUAGUUCUCACAGGAAAAACUGAAAUUGAGAGUGUAUCAUCAUCGACAGCUUCAUGGGAACUGUGAUCGAUUCCCAUUUCUUGGCGCUCACUGCCAUCGUCACUAUUGGGUAUCAACUACUGUUCUUUGCAAUCACAGCUCUUCUCAAGUUUGACAAGGUCACCGAUUUUGCAGGUAGCACGAAUUUUGUCAUACUAGCUGUUUUGACUCUAGUUCUUAAGGGCAGCUGGCAUUUCAGACAGGUUGUUCUGUCUUUGCUUGUAGUAGCAUGGGGUCUUCGCCUUGCUUUUUUCUUGUUGAUGAGGAUUUUGCAGUGGGGAGAGGAUCGGCGUUUUGAUGAAAUGCGUAGUAAUUUGGGAAAAUUAGCAAUUUUCUGGAUUUUUCAGGCUGUCUGGGUCUGGACUGUAAGUUUACCUGUCACAGUGGUCAAUGCAAGCAAUCACAAUCCAUCUCUCCGACCUGCAGACGUAAUUGGGUGGAUUAUGUGGUUUGUGGGUGUUGUAAUUGAAGCUAUGGCUGAUCAACAAAAAUUGGCAUUUAAGAACUCUCCAGAAAAUAGGGGGAAGUGGUGCAAUGUUGGACUUUGGAAGGUUUCUCGUCAUCCUAAUUACUUUGGUGAGAUCUUGCUUUGGUGGGGAAUCUUCGUUGCUUCCACACCCGUUCUUGAAGAUGCUGAGUGGCUUGUGAUAUUUGGGCCAAUAUUCCUCACAUUGUUGCUUCUUUUUGUCAGUGGGAUUCCACUACUGGAGGAAUCAGCAGAUAAGAAGUUUGGGACUGUGACCGAAUACGUGCUUUAUAAAAGAAUGACUAGCCCCCUGAUCCCACUGCCUACAGCUACAUAUGGAAGCCUGCCCUCAUGGUUCAAGAAAAUUUUUCUAUUUGAAUUUCCUUUUUACAGCCGCAAUCUUCCCUUGGACGACCAAAACUGUUACUUACAAUUCUUGCAAGGUAUAGAACGAGGAAGGGAGAAAGCAGUGAUAGAUUGAAGAUGGGUUAGCAUUUGGACUUGUGAAAAGCAACAGAUUGCAUUGCCACAGUGUUCCAUGAUUGCGCAUAACAGCAGAGGAUGCAACAAAAAUUGAAGAAGUCUUCGGGUGAACUUGAUUGAUCUCUGAGAUGGCGCCGGACCCUUGAAAGUUAAACUGGAAAAUUUCCGCAAAGAGGGGGGCUGCCUGCCCUACCAUACUAGCCUGUUCUUUCGGCUGCCACUGAAAUGGAGUUUGAUUUGUAUCAUCAUAUAUAUUGAUGAAUACUGAUGCAACUUAAAUUGAAGAUUAUUUUUUUA